AUGGCAGCCUUAAGGAUAACAGACAGCACAAAGCAGCUUUCUGCUUCAAGAAAUGGAGAAGAAUUAAAGGAACAAGAAGAAGAGGAUGAAGGCAACCUUGAUCUAUAUUUAUAUUUAAGUGAAAAGCAAGAAUUAGUGACAGAUGAUGAUGAUCUGCAAGAAGUUGUAUAUGAAGUGAAAUAUGGAGAGCCAAUAAGGCAGCUUCCAGCUCUGCGUGAGCUCCGAAAGAUUUACAGUUUCCAAAAGGACCAAAUCAAUGCAGAACUUGUGCCUGUGCUGGUUGAUUGUCUGACAAGGGAUGAUUCAACAGAGCUUCAGUAUGAGGCAGCUUACAUGUUACGCUAUCUAGCCAGAAAUGAGACUGCUGUGUUGAUUGAAAAUGAUGCAGUGCCUUUGUUUAGCAACCUCUUGAAUUCCCCCAGUGAAGAUGUGCAGGAGCAGGCAGUAAGGGCCAUAGCCACUCUUGCAGAGCAAGCUCUGCUCUCCUUUGACUGUAGAGCCAUCACUGAGGACAUCAUCCUUAAUCUUCUGCCCUUCUUCUAUCGCCCUAAAUCCCCCUUCAAGAUCUUCUGGUUUGCCCUAAAAUCACUGGUAUAUAUCAUUCGUUGCAAACCCAUUGAGGACACUUCCAUUGCCCUAACAAUCCUAAAGGAGCUUCUUGAAACAGAGGAAGAUACCCAAGUACAGAGGCUGGCUUGUGAGGCUCUUUCAUCUUUUUCUGAAGGGCCUGAGGGUGUUGAAUUCAUCAUUGGAAAUGACAUUUGCCCAUGCCUUGUUGAGCUUCUGUUUCAUGAUUCUCCACACAUACUGCUUUCUGUCAUGGAAACCAUGGCCAACAUUGCAGAGCAUGAGAACUAUAAGGAGGUUAUCAAUGACAGGGCACUCUCUCGUAUAGUGGCAAUUGUGUCAAAUGGUGACAAGAGAGAUUCAAAAACAGUGAGGCAUCUUCAUAUGGAGAUUUGCAGGUUGGUUGCCAGUAUCACAAGACUCACCCAGGAGGACAUUGAGCUUACAAUCAAUUCAGGGGUAAUUUAUGCCCUUGUGAGCCUUCUUGCAGAGGCAGUAGAUAGUGUAAAGGAAGAAGCAGCUGUUGCUAUUGUUAAUGGUAUUACAUAUGGGAGUGAAGAACAGGUGGUAUACUUUGUGGAUCUUGAUUGUAUAAAUCUCCUCAGUUAUCUCAUUAGACCUAACAAUAGAAGCCUUGCAGAAAUUUGCCUUGAUGGCAUUGACAGGAUGUUGAAGUUCAUAAAAGAAGAAAACAAACACCCACAUCUUUUCUGGAAUACUGAGCUCGAGAAUCUCCUUAGAACACAGAUACAAGGCAUUUCAUUAGGGCUAGUUGCAGAGCACCAUGGUCUUUUAUGUCCUCCUGCUAAGAAGCCUUGUAUUGAUUUGUCAAGACAUCCAAGAGAACGAAGUUUUGAUGAAAACAUUCAAAUUGAACGCCAAUCUAGAUUUUGA